AUGGUUGCUGUCCUGCGGUACAAGGCAUCGUGGUCUGCCAUGGCAUGCCAACGUUCCUCCGGAGAUCACAUUGCUAGCGUAUCGGCGGCUGGCAUUGUCACGUGUGACCUUGGCUGCGAGCACUUUGACACAGAGCGUGUCUGCUCUGCUGGCAACAAGAUUCCUGCCUGCAUACCUUAUACGUGCCCAAUCCCGCCCGUUGCCGGUGCGACGGUCGUCAUAGCGCCAGGUAGUGCUACCUACACAUGCAAAGUAGGUCUGAUGCUUGUAGGUGAUGCCAGGCCAUGGUGCCAGGCAAAUGGAAGCCUCACUUCCGUUCCCAGCUGUGUUCCCCUCAGGUGUAAUGUACCAGCAGUGCAAUUUGCUAUCCGCACUGCUUCCGUGUUAAAGUAUCGUGAAUCGGCUAUACACUCUUGUCAAAAUGGAUACUUCAUGAUUGGUCAAUCCAAAGUUUCAUGCAAUACGGAUGCCGCUCUGGUUGGACCAGCAUGUUACCCUUCGGCAGCACCGACCAAGUACCGUUACUGCCACUCGUCACUCAUUCUACUAUCCCAGCGCGCACUUAACUACAACGCAGCCAAAGAGCUUUGCGGGCGCUACAACGGAACUAUACUAUCGGAGGCAUCAUUCAGAGCUGGCUGCGCACAUUACGUAGCACCACAUGACAGUGCCACAUGGGUAGGAGCACCAAGGGCAGGAAACAAAGCACUCGAUACGUGGAACCGCCAAACGGACUUAGCCUCCGAGUUGUAUACUCUUUGCGAGAUUUCUGGUGUCAAGUGCCAUGUACCUAACAUUGAUAACGGCGUUGUCAAAAAGGCAACCAUCUGGUACACGGAGAGCGCUAGCUAUUCGUGCAACGCUGGUCGUGAGCUCGUGGGAGAUGCCACGCCGAUGUGUACAGCUCACGGGACACUCACGUCAGUGCCGUUCUGUUCCAAGCCUAGCGCACCUGUACCAACACUGACUGGCUAUCAGUACUGCAGGCAGACCGGCAGUGUCCUGAAACGGAUAUCCGACACGAGCCUGCACAGCUUUACUGACGCCCAGCACAUAUGCCAGAAAUACGGUGGCAGACUCCUUAGCGUGGCCGCGUUCAAUACCGGAUGCGCGGGCACCUUGCUCAAGGCAAAAGAGAGGGUCUGGAUUGACGCGUUUGAGAGCGGUACGAAAGGCCAGCUCGCCUACUUGACGGGUUUCGGAAAGGUGCCCUUCGCUGUCCACACGGUCAACCCUCUAGGGGUUGUCUGCGAACACUCUUGCUCAAUCGGCUUUGGGAAUAAAAUUGUUAGCAUCUCGGCAAACGGCAAUGUCACCUGUGACAGAGGCUAUGAAUACCUGGACACACAGGCGGCUUGUAACGUCAAGAAUGAUGCUAAGUGCAUGCCUAAAAGAUGCCCCAUCCCUGCUGCCGUUGAUGAGGCAUUUGUGGCAGGCGAUAAGUGGACGCUUUACGGUAAAACACUCCUUGUCAUCUGCCUUAAAAGACUUGAUGAGGGUCAUAAGGAAUUUUUGUGCACAGAGCAUGGAAACUUUUCCAUACCCGUUACCUGCCGCCCCAAGAAUUGCCGUAUUUACCCGGGGCUGAAAUUUGAUGCAGACAAGUACAUAUGCCAGCCUGGCUAUAUUCCAUCGGGCAAUCUUACUCGCAGAUGUGAAGCAGACGAUGGUCAAGUUUACCAUGUGCCAAGAUGUUACACCUCUCGCCCGAGCAACUACCAAUACUGUAGCUCAUCUUCGUCUAUAAUUAUCCCAUCGUACGAAAAGUUAACACAACUUCCAGCACAAGAGUUUUGCAAACUUUACAACGCCCCCUUCAUAUCGGACGCAUCGAUCAGCGCUCAAUGUGCUCUUCACCUAGUCGGUCCACGAGAAUCAGUAACUCGUGUCGCAUUAGACAGCACUCCGGCACGACGUUGGCAAUUUCCUCUUCUUACUCUAUGCGAGCUACCUUGUCUUCCCCUUCGCUAUGACCAAACACAGUCCACGUCAACCGCUAGCAAUGUCCAGUGCCGAUUUGACGAGUUGCUUGCCUCUGCUUCUUGCAAGGCAACAAAGGGUGCGGUGAGAAUCAGCCCCGUCGGCUACACACUUAACUACACUUCGGCACUGGCCGUGUGUAAGUUCUACAACGGAACGCUGCUCUCCGACGCGUCGUAUCAGGCUGGGUGCGCUGCAACCCUGACAAGGGCUAACGUAGUAGCAUGGAAGGGCUUGCCGAAUGGAAAUCAGCAAGCCCGUAAUACACUUGGAGGCCUGACCGCCCUGUCUACGCCAUUGCAUGUGGCGUGCGAGAUACCUACGACAUGUCGGGUGCCAGUGAUAGCUAACUGCGAUGCGAAUAGCACAGAGUUAUUGGUCACGGAAGCGGUCGCCUAUUCGUGCCGAAGCGCGGGCGAGGUACUUGUGGGUGACGCCAGCCCUACCUGUACCGCUACGGGCCAGCUCAGCUCAGUGCCACACUGCGAGACUCUCACCUGCAGUGUGCCUGCCAUUAGUAACGGCACCGCUGACCAGGCGGCGGUCCAGUAUGCACAAACGGUGACCUAUUCGUGCAGGGUGGGAUUCACGAACGUGGGCAGCGCGUCCGCAACUUGCACAGCUCACGGAAGUCUCAGUGCAAUGCCUCACUGUACACCCGUGGUCUGCGAUGCACCCAUUAUCACUAAUGGCGUUGCUAGCAGCGCAGAGAUCCAAUUCCAGAGCAGCGCCGCCUACUCAUGCAAUAAGGGCUUUGGACUUAUCGGUCAUGCCACGCCAAGCUGCUUGGCUAGUGGACAGCUCACUUCUGUGCCUCAUUGCGAUGUCCUCAAUUGCACGGUUCCUGCAAUCCAGUUUGGUGUGAGCAGUGCCCCGCUGGUCCAACGUGGUGCCACGGUUCGCUACUCGUGCAAUCAGGGCUACAUCAUACUGGGAAAGUCUACAGUUACGUGCCGGGAUGACUUUACUUUGAGUACAAUCCCGUACUGCCACCUUGCUACACCCACCAACUAUCGCAAGUGCAACUCUGCCACAUUCGUACUAUCCCACCGUCCAUUGAACUACGCCUUCGCACAGGAUUUCUGCAAAGUGUACAAUGGGAAGAUCAUCUCGGACGCUUCCUUCAAGGCUGGAUGCGCAAUACGCCUCGCAACACAACGUGCCGUAGCUUGGAGAGGCCCAGUGUUAGGAAAGCCGAACAAGGCUCUUAACACUCUCGGCAGUGAAACUGACCUGUCUGCUGAGCUGAACGCUAUAUGCGAGAUCUCUGUGAAUUGUACUGUGCCCAUUAUAGCUGAUGGCACAGCUGACAAGACCGAGAUCCACUACCUGGAUAAUGUCACAUAUUCCUGUGAUCAGUAUCAUGGAGUUGUGGGUGAUGCCACGCCGAUGUGCAUAGCCAAUGGACAACUCACGUCAGUACCACAAUGCCAGUCAAUAUAUCCAAAGUGCAAUGUACCCACUAUAGCUAAUGGAACUGCCGACAAGACCGAGAUAAAGUACCUGGGCAAUGUCACCUUUUCCUGCGAGCAGGGUCAUGUGGUUGUGGGUGAUGCCGCACCAACGUGCAUGGACGCUGGACAGCUCACGUCAGUACCUAACUGCGAAGCUAUCAACUGUACUGUACCUGACAUUGUUAAUGGCACAGCUGACAGCCUGGUUAUCCAGUACACACAAACCGUCACCUAUUCUUGCAGCGGUGACCUGGUGAUCAGCGACCAGGUCAAGCCAAGCUGCGAUGCUAACGGAAAUCUCACAUCGGUGCCGAGCUGUGAUCGUCCAGUCGGGAGUCACCAAGGAAACAAAGCGGCUUCUGGCCCAAUCGUGGGCGGUGUCCUGGGAUCCAUUGCUGUGGUCCUGUGCACAGUCGUAGCUGUGGUCAUCGCGAGAAGAUCCGGAACAAGGAUCUCAACGUUUGCCCCCAAAGUCAAGAGCCAACUCUUGACUCGAGCCACCAUUGGGAGAUGUCGUGAAUCCAUCGACUCGGACUGCGCGCCAUCUCCGGCCAUGUUUGACAGACGGGAUACAUACCUUGAGACGCAUAUUGAACAGGAUGACGGAGGCGAUGAUGGAGGCGCUAAGAAUAAGUAUAUCAACUCAAACACAGGUUUUGUGCCCUCCGACUCUGGCUGCUUGCAAAUAAAAGAGGAAGGCAUCUACGACCUUGCCGAGGGAUCCGUCGCAUUGAGCAGCUCUCAGUUAACACAUGGCAGUGAAACAUUGGAGCACUCCGACUCUGGCUGCUUGCAAGUAACAGAGGAAGGCAUCUACGACCUUGCUGAGGGAUCCGUCGCAUUGAGCAGUGCCACGUUGGAGCACUCCAACUCUGGCUGCUUGCAAAUAACAGAGGAAGGCAUCUACGACUUUGCCGAGGGAUCCGUCGCAUUGUGCAGCUCUCAGUUAACACAUGGCAGUGCAACAUUGGAAAACCUCGAGUUCAACACACGCGGCAGUGCCACAUUGGAAAACAUCGAGCUCAACACACGCGGCAGUGCCACAUUGGAACACAUCGAGUUGAACCAGGAUUAUAUAGUGCCAGGUUCCAACAUCGUCUAUCAGAAUCAAAUUUACGACAGUAUCGUUGUUGGAAAUAGUGCAGACGUUUAACCCAAGCCAGCCAACUAACACUACACAUGUCCGAUCUAGUGUCAUACUAGAAUGAUAUUUCGAGAAGGACAUCUGUUGGGAUAGUGUAACUGCGGAAAUGAAUGAGGUACACGAGAAGGUGGUUCUUGAUCGCUCUUUACUUGAGCUGGGACUGUUUCUUUGACUCUCCCAUCGCGGCAUAAUUCAAAACUUUCCCCAUUGCGAUGCAUGGUAUUGGGUUUGGCAUUACCGUUCUUAGAUUGAAGUCGUCUUCUCUUCCAGUAGGGAAAUGGAGGUGUUGAACUAAAUGUUUUCUUCAAGCACGAAGUACUAGCUCUUCUUGUGCAGAUCUUGGACUCCACUCUCAUUCCCCGUGUGCCGCUUAAAUGCUUUUAUACUUGCUUCCCCAGCCACAUCUUCUAAAUUUUAUAGUUUCCGUCCUUUUUCGUCUUCAUCUUGCUCUUUCGUUGGAUCUCAUACACAUCACACAAGCGCAAUGGUUGUUGAUAUAUCCGUUGGAUCUCAUACACAACACACAAGCGCAAUGGUUGUUGAUAUAUCCGUUGGAUCUCAUACACAACACACAAGCGCAAUGGUUGUUGAUAUCUCCAAUCUGCCAGUUAUGUUUGGAUGACUGCUGAUCGUAAUCUUAAAUUCUGCACGCACGUA